AUGGCAAAUUUCAGCGCAGCGGCCAUUUCACCCCCCCUAGUCAUUGGGGCCUUUCUGGAAGUCUUCGGAUAUGGCAUACGUUGUGCUAGCCUUAAACAACCUGACAGUAUUCCUCUAUAUGCGGUAUCCGCCACUCUUAUUGUUAUCGCACCGGUUUUCGUGUGCGCGAGUCUUUAUCUGCUGAUGGACAGAUUGAUUUGGACUGGGAAUGAUGAGAAGUCCAGCGAACGAUCGACGAAAUUCCUUUUCAUCAAUAUCCGACGUCGAUGGCUACCCAGGAUCUUCGUUACGCUGGAUAUCAUCAGUUGCCUUACUCAAGCCUCAGGAAGUGGCAUUGCUGCCUCUGGAGACUGGGAGGGAUCAGCAAAGGAUACUGGAAAUGGAGUCUUGAUUGGGGGUUUGGUGCUACAGGUCGUGACAUUUACCGCUUUUCUGAUCAUCGUGGGUUCAUUCCACCUCAAAUCGAAGAAUGACGGAAAUACCAUUGAUCAAGGCGUGGGUAACCUUCUGAAGGGAAUAUACAUCUCUGGGAUCUUUAUCCUAGUGCGCUGUAUAUACCGCGUGAUUGAGUUUGCCCUAGGGGUCGACGCAUAUUUGUUCAUUCAUGAAUGGCCCCUAUAUGUUCUCGAAGCAGUCCCGAUGAUCAUCGCCAUUAGUGUUCUUGGGUGGUACCAUCCAGGCCGAUUUCUGUAUCGACCAGGAACACCCCAUGCUCAGAGAUCCUCUCAAUCGGCGAAUUUCUAG